ACUCACAGAGGUUGGUGCUGACUGGGGGACCACAGCACAGCUUCCACUCACUGCAGCUGACAACAUGAAACCAAAAUAACUGCACAUAAAGGGACAUGUAUGGUGUUUAAACUGAAAGAGGUUUCCUUUUUUUUCCUUUUAUGAGAAGCUUCAUAAUUCUACUUUACCCCUAUAGGAUGAAUUCAUAAAAUGUACUCACAGUGGAGUAAAUUUAAUGGGUGUUUUUUCACACUUUAAUCCGCUUGUACUCAUGCUGGAAGUGUUUGUUUGGAGGCAUUUUAUUUGUGUAGGAUGUUGAACGCUACAACUGAGGCUGCAGCAAAAAAAAAAAAAAAAAGUGACGGACCGACCCCUGAUUGGACAACCAAUCGGGCUCCUGGCCAAUCACGUGCCCCUCUCUGGGAGGGGAAAACCCAUCGUAAAAAUAAUUUGCCACUUGUUCGACGUUUUCGGUUUGACUGUUGGCGCAAUUUAUUCCCUCAAAUUUUAAUCUUUCCUUCCUCUUCACUUCUGUAUGAUAUUGGAUUUUUCUAUCUCGGAUUUUGGAGCCUGAAUUCAUUUUGAAACGCAUAUUAACAUUUUAUCCUUACAUAUCAUCUGCUGUACUGGAGGUUUACCUGAACCUGACAUGAAAAUAUCUCAUUGAAGAGACUGGACUUAAGCAUGGAUGUGUGGUGGCGAAUCAUGUUGAUAUGUCUGACACUAUCAUGGAGGCUACAAACAGCAUCAUCAUCCCAAACUCAUGACGGUAAGAGGAUUUAUCAUCCUGUUGUCAGUCUUGCACUUUUACUAAAUAUGUCACUGUCAGAGGCUGAUGUAUUUUUUUUUUAUUCUGUAGGCCUGACUUUACAGUCAACAGAAAUAAUUAGUUUGGAAUUCUGUCUUCUUUAUUCAAACUGUAUAAAACAGUCAAAUGUUUAAUGCUAUCUGGGUUUAAGAGGCCGAUAUGUUUACCCUUGUGUCUUCUUUCCUUUUUCUCAGACCAAACAGUACUUACUGUGCUCUCUUCAGAGAGCCUUUGAAUUGUUGAUACUGGGCUUUAAUCAAGGUCCCUAAUGCUGCUGUAUAUCACCACUUUAUGUGCUCUUAGAUGAGUGGGAGCAACUGAGGAGGCAGGGCUUUAAUGUUGCGUGUAUGGCAAUGACCCCAGUUGUAAAAAGCUACAGAGAACAUUUGGUUCUGUUCAUGCUGAUUCGUCCAAUCUGUUGAUUGUUGUUGUUUUGGUUCACAGUGAAAUCCUCUUCUUAUUUUCUUUUAACUUUUACUGCUUUAGUUCUGCAGAUGUGUAAAUACAUGCAUGUAAAUAAUGACCCCAGCUUUGUCAGAAAGGUUGUGGAAACAUGGAGGAACAUUUGUGAUGAUGAGUGAAUGGAUGAAGGUAUGGAUGUUACCCUCAAAUAUCUACAACUGAAAUAGAUGUAUUCAACUCAAAGCCAGAUUUUUGAUGUCACUGGAACAUACCAUUUAUGCACCUGCACAUCCACACUGCAAAUAGGACAUUUGACUCCUGCUGGCUGCUGCAGGUGUGUAAUCUAUGUACAUUAAGAGCCAGUACACUGGUUUUGUUGCUCAGUACGAGAUGGUGUGUAUAUCUCCUUCCGUCCACGAUAUUUCCCUUCCCUUUGCCAGAAUGUCCCACUCACACAUGCCCCAUUGUCUGUUGGUAUGAUCUCAGCCACGCAGACCCCUCAGACACACACACAGACGCACUGUCUGUCAGUGCAUCACUCUUCACUCACUGUGACACACUGUCCACAUUUAUAACUUUAUCACAAUAGAGCACUUUGUGUGAGAAAAGCCCUGCUCUCCUAGACCCCUGGCCUUCUACUCCAUCAGCCUCAGGCCUGGACUGCUUCAUGUAAGCAGCAGGGUUACAGCCAGCCCGCUUUCACUCUGCAACAUUUCAAACUCUACAGCCAACACAGCAGUAAACAGGGCACCAGGAAGACCAAACCCAUAUACACUGCAGAGAAAAUAAACAAGAUUAUCGUGCUCAAACAUUCACCAUCUGGUUUUCUUUGAGGGACUCGAGUGUUUUUGCAUGUUUAACAUUUUGAGCCAUAAGUUAUGAGAGAAUCAAUUUUCUGCAUGCCAUGUUCAUCAUACUCUUUCUUUCGACUACUUAAGCCAUCAGUUUCAGUAUCAGCCAUGUCAAUAAUGUCAGUCUUGACACUUAAAGUUGUGCCCUACAUUAUUGUCUGUAUGAACUUAGCUCUCUGAAAAUUGUGGCUGCAUCGUAUUGAGAUUGGCAUUGUUGUGAUUCCAGUGUAACAAUGACAAAACAUGAUACAGGAUGUACUUUGUGAUGGUUUAGACAACCCAAACAAGUUCAAACCUCUGACUAUGUGAUUCAAAAGUGAACAGAAACCUUUGACCUACUCAAAAAAUUAGGGAAAUAAUUCCAAAUCUAAAAAAAUUUUUUAUCAGUGUUUCUAAGCACAUGUGUUGGCACUGUAGCUUAGCAAGAAAAGAUCCAAUAAUCAGUCUUUGGAGUCCAUGUUUUCAUUAAACCUAAUGUGUCUCUCUUUCCUUUAUAUAUCAGUGGUCUGUCCUGGCACACAGAAUGGCCUGAGCUCCACAGGUUCCCAGGAGAACCAGUACAACCUGACCAAGGACCGCUAUACUGGCUGUGAGAUCAUCAUGGGAAACCUGGAGAUCACUCAGAUUGAGAGUAACUGGGACUUCUCCUUCCUUAAGGUAAAACUCCUCCUCCUUUACUCUUCAUUUUUACCAAUCUUUACACACAAGUUGUGAAAACGCACUCCUCUUUUUCCCCGCAGACAAUCCGUGAGGUGACUGGCUACGUCCUCAUUGCUAUGAACCACUUUCAGGAGAUUCCUCUGGGGCAGCUACGAGUCAUCAGAGGAAACAGUCUCUAUGAAAGACGCUUUGCUCUGUCUGUCUUCUUGAACUACCCGAAGGACGGCUCCAACGGCCUGCGGCAGCUCGGGCUUGCAAAUCUUACAGGUUAGGGAAAAUGAAAGAGAGUCAAAGAGAGGGUUUGUCAGUAAGCAUGGACUAAACACGAGCUGCUUACAUUUGAAAUAAAUCUAACAAAUAGAACUUCAAUCCUCUGCAGUAUGCCCAAAAUAUUGACCCUGUUAUUUGUUGGCUGCUGUCUGUAGUGUUACUGUAAUAUCUUUAAAGGAUAUCCUGUCUGCCCUCUGUCUCCUACAUCAUUUCUCGCCCACUACUGCACAGAGAUUCUGGAGGGAGGAGUUCAGAUAAUCAACAACAAGUACCUGAGCUAUGGCCCCUGGAUCUUCUGGCAAGACAUAAUUCGGGACAACAGUGCUCCCAUUGACAUCCAGUACAAUGGAGAGAGAGGUCUGUGAUAGCAAGUUUUCAUUAUGCAGCCAAAUUACUUGGAGAUUGUCUUUUUAAUGAGCACUGCCUCUCUUUUUGAUCUUUCUCUCUGCCAGGCCCAUGCCACAAAUCUUGUGGAGAUUACUGCUGGGGGCCAAAUAAGGACCAGUGUCAGAUCUGUGAGUGCCCAAUUGUUCAGAUUUUCUCUCUGUGUUUAUCUCUUCCCCUCCACCCUUUCUCUCAGAGAAUGCCUCUCUUCAUACACACAGAAAUACACAGAGGGAGAGUGAUGCACACACAAAGACACAACACACACAUACUGGUGACCUCUGUUCAACCCUGUCUCUCCUGUCUGUCUCAGUGACUAAGACGGUGUGCGCCCCGCAGUGUAAUGGUCGCUGUUUUGGGACGAGCCCGAGGGACUGCUGUCAUAUAGAGUGUGCAGCGGGCUGUAAAGGCCCUCAGGAUGUGGACUGCUUCGUGAGUACUCCAUGUUUGCCUCUCUGCAGGAAUUCACUGAUAAAAUGCUUCAGUAUGCUCUGACAGUGUAGUAUGGAAAUCCCCUUGCAGAUGCUUGGUACAUGCCCACUCUCAACCCCCUUCAUUUGUUCCUAUUCCAGUCUGUAUUCUGCGCAUACUCUACAAACUGAUCUCAAACUCCUUUGGCAAUGCACCUUAAUUUUCAAAACAUGCUGCAAAAAAAUAGCAAGAGUGCCGAUUUCUUGUGAUUCAUUCUCUUAUUUGGAUCGAUAUGGUUGGAUUUUUAAAUAGCACAGCUUGUGAAUGUGGUAGUUCAUUAGGGAUGGGAGAAAAAAAUCAAUUCACAGAAGUAUCGUGAUUUUUUGUUUUACAAAUUUUAAAUUGAUUUUUAUGUUCAAAAAUAGAUUUUUUCGUUUUUCAAACUUAAGAAUAAAUCUUAAAAACUGACUUACAUGUAAUGUGUAUUUUGGGGGGAAAUAUGGUUCCUGGAAUAGUCCGUAGACAAUCAUAAUCAAUUAACUAUUUAACUGAUGUUAAAAAUGCAGACUAAACAUCGAGAAAAUCAACAAUAUCGUAGAAUAGCAAUUUAAAUCGGCAUCCAAAAAAUUAUAGAAGAAUCGAAUCAGGAGAAAAACAUAUCGUCCCAGCCCUAUAAUUCAUUGCCACGGAAUUCAAAAUCAGACAGACAGCCUGGAUAGUUAACGAGCUAUAGGAGUUUACUGCCUUGCUAAUAGCCGUAAAGCUGAUCUCAGGACAGCACUGCUUUGAUAUGGGAUGCUUAAUCGCAGUGCUACAGUGCUAUUGCUAAGAAGGUAUUAAGUUCAUCAUGUUCACCAUCUUUGUUUUGUGUUUUACUAUGUUGGCAUGGUAACACUUUAUAUGAACUCACAGUUUGUAAUCCACCAUAAGCACAUGUACAAAACCAUAUAAAUGCAUCUAAAAAACCUUAGAACAACCCUUAUAAGUGCUUAUAUUAACAGUUAUGAAGUGCUACACACUAUUAACCCAGAUAAAAAUUGAGGUAACUUAAAUUUUUUAACUAAUGAAGCAUUAGUUGAGUAAGUGAACUGGACUGCCUUCAAUGAACUUGAAGCUCCUAAUGGAAUGGAAUAGAACAUUUAAGUUGAAUGUACUAAUAACCAGGUUACAGUAACUGAAGAUACUUAGUUUAAACAAUCAUUCCUCACCCAUUUAAUUAACCUAGCUUGUUUAGUAAGCAUUACUCCAUCACCAAUUGCAGAUGGCAUAAUACUUGAUAAAGGAAUGGUUUAUAAUGCAGCAUACUUUAACACAAUUCAGCAUUAAAACAAAGUUCAUCUUGGGUAAAUGUGCUUCAGAUUUUGAUUUGUACUAAAUGAAACACCACCUGAUCACUAGACUUUCUUUGAAGCCCAGGCAGGCAGGCAAAGAUGUGGCUACGACAUGAUGGAGAACAAAAUAGUGUUGGAUUGAGUAAGACAGCCACCACUGUUACAGACUCCUCUGGGAUGAUUCAUGAACCAUUUACUAAGUUAUCCACAAUGGACAUGGGUGGUUGCAAAGAAAUUGCUCGUAUGUAAACAUCUGUAAGUGUUUGUUUGUUUGUGUGUCUGUGUGUAGGCGUGCCGUCAUUUCAACGACUCUGGAGCCUGUGUGCCUCAGUGUCCCCAGACUUUGAUUUACAACAAGCAGACAUUUCAAAUGGAGACAAACCCAAAUGCCAAGUAUCAGUACGGCUCCAUCUGUGUCUCCCAGUGCCCCAGUGAGUGACUCUUCUUUUCCGCUGCCUUUUCAGACUCAAUCUGUUUUCCUCUGAGAUUUUAUACAAGUUGAUGUUGGUUGCAGAGCUGUAAUGCAUGAAACUCUAGUGGCAAACCACAUGUCAUUUCUGGUCUUGAAUUAUGCCACUUAUACUUGUAUUUCUCUUGGAUUUCACACUGUCUUUAUUCUCUUCUGGUUUUAGCCCAUUUCGUGGUGGACGGCAGCUCCUGUGUGAGUGUUUGUCCUCCAGACAAGAUGGAGGUGGAGCGAGAAGGCCAGAGGCAGUGUGAGCUCUGCAGCGGCCUUUGCCCAAAAGGUUGACACCAAGAAACAAUUUCUACUUCUUACACACUGAUUUCAUUUGCCACUCUCCGGGGCUAAUGUUGAAGUUUGCUGUUCUCUCCAGUGUGUGAAGGUACUGGGGCUGAACACAGACAGACUGUGGACUCAAGUAACAUCGAUAGCUUCAUCAACUGCACCAAGAUCCAGGGCAGCUUACACUUCUUGGUCACAGGGAUUCUUGGGUAAAAGGCUUCAAUGCCAAGAUAAUCUCAGACUACAGUGUGUUACAGUGAUCCUGUUCUUAUCAUUUGUUUUUACUUCUUUAUAGUGAUGACUUUAAGAACAUCCCGCCGCUGGAUGCCAAAAAGCUUGAAGUUUUCCGCACUGUGAGAGAAAUUACAGGUUAGAGUUUACAGUCAAGUUUUAAAAGGAUUUUGGAUAAGACUUGAUUUUUACAUUAAUUUCUCACUGUUACAAUGAUAAUUCAGUGACAAGUUUUAAUAUUAUCUCUUUCUUUUACUGUUAGAUAUCCUGAAUAUUCAGUCAUGGCCAAAAGAAAUGCACAAUCUGUCUGUUUUUUCGAGUCUGACUACUAUACAAGGGAGGUCGCUCUACAAGUAAGUCUGAAAGUUGUUGAUGUAACAGUUGGGAAUGUUGCUUAAACAUAUAAAAUAAGCUUAAUUUUAUAUGAAGUAGAGUUUUUUUCAUUAAUAUAAGGGAAGCCUUGAUGAUUUGAUUUUCUGCUUCAAACCUCUGAUGCUGGUGCCUCAGUUAAAACAAAUAACCAUCUCUACUGGAUGUUGAGUUUGUUAUAUAACUAUGUGUCAUUCCUGCUCUCUGGCUCACUCAACAUCUCGCUGUUUCUCUGCUCAGUUUUCUAAUCUGUGCUCUAUAUUCACACCUCAUGGUGCUUUGUGCUAACACAAUCUAACUUCUCUUCUCUUGCUUCAAAGCUGAGGACAGGUAAAUUAAUGUUCAUACAUGUGGUCUUUGUGCAACAGAUAUCAGUGCUACAAAACAACAUUUUGCUUCAUUUUUAGAGCUGAUUGGCAGAUACAGUUCAGUUUGGGUUUCCUAAUCUAUACUUACUUAUUCCGUUUCUCCUUCGUUGCCUCUGACUGAAGGCGUUUUUCUCUGAUGGUGAUGCGCAUCCCCACUCUCACCUCCCUGGGUCUGCGUUCUCUGCGAGAGAUCAGCGAUGGCAGUGUGUACAUCAGUCAGAAUGCCAACCUCUGUUACCAGCACACUGUCAACUGGGCACAGCUGUUCAGAGGCCGCAGAGUUCGAGUCAACAACCUCAGCAACAACAGGCCACUGGAAGAGUGCGGUGAGGCCACUGAAAUCAUCCUCUGUGAUAUUAGAGUUAUCUGUGUAUGUUGUCACAACAACAACAACAACAAUAAUAAAAACAACAUACUUCUAUUAGUCUGUUUGUAAAGGAUAGUUUUCUGGAUGCUUUUGUAACACUUAUAUGUGUGUGCACAGUUGCAGAAGGCUGUGUAUGUGACCCGCUGUGUUCAGACUCAGGCUGCUGGGGUCCAGGGCCUGACCAGUGUGUCUCCUGCAGGAACUACAGCCGAGGAGGCACAUGUGUUGGCAGCUGUAAUUUUUUCACUGGGUCAGUAAACAUGUUUGUGUUUCCCUUUUUUUGUGAAUUUGUGUAAUUUAUUUUAUCUAAAAUUUUUGGAAAAUUAUCUCUCAAGGGUACCUAGGGAGUUUGCCCAAUCUGAUGGUGAGUGUGUGGCCUGCCAUCCGGAGUGUAAGCCUCAGAGUGGGAAGGCGAGCUGUACUGGACUGGUAAAGACUUCAUUUGAUGUCGCACUGUUGCUGAAUCUCUUAGUUUGAAUCCUGACUUCCAUUUAGCCAUUUACUGUAUCUACUUACACUAAUUUUGAGUGCCAGCCUUACUUUGACUCAGAAGACUAAUAAAUGCUGCCUAAACAUCAUCUAAUUUUUAUUUGCCUUAAAAAGUACAACUUUGACUGCCAAAAUUUGGAGACAGAUUAUGAUCCUUAUCUUUUUACAACUUUUAAGUUUUUUUUAACCCAAGAAAACCAUCUGUCCAGAGUCAUAUGUAGAUUUCAUAUGUAAAGAAAUAUCAAUAUAAUUUGAUAUUCUGCCAUUCCUCUUCUAUUAUGUUAAAAAACAAUUAUACUGAGUAGCUACCAUCUUAUGUUACUCCUACUUUGUUAUCAUCAUGCAAAGGCAAAUAUCGUUAUUUACCUUUUCUCUCAAACUUCUGUCAUCCUCUCUUUUCACGGUCAGGGCUCAGACCAGUGUGAGGCCUGUGCCAACCUCCGAGAUGGUCCAUACUGCAUGUCCACCUGCCCUUCGGGAGUGAAUGAUGGUCAGAGGGGCCUCAUCUUCAAAUACCCGAACAGAGAGGGUCACUGUGAACCAUGUCACCACAACUGCACACAGGGGUGAGACUGGGCUCAGAACAGAAGUGUGUGUUUGUGUGUGUUCAUGUUUUCAGUGCAGCAGUAAUAAAAUCUGUGGCUGUUGAAGAUAGUGAGAAUUUGAUAAUGUGUUUCAGAUGCUCAGGCCCAGGACUAAAAGAUUGCUUAGAGGCAGCAAGACUGGCGGUUAGCAGGUGAGUAUUGCCCCCUGCUGGUGAUUAUAAAACACUACAAUGGUGUACGCUUGAGCAAAACGCAACCCACUGUGCUAUUAAAAGAACUUUAAAAAGCAGAGACAUGAGUCAGAUCAUAUUAAGAUUAAAUUGCCCCUGCUUCUGUUCCUGCUGUCUGAGGCUGUGGGAUUUUUUACUAAGAGGUCUGUAAACAGCCAAGAAAAGUAAAACUGUGUGUGAAGUCAUUGAUUAGUUACCAAACAAACAAAAAUCGAUCAAAACUUAGACGUUUUCACUUAACACUUUUGCACCUUUUUUCUUUUACUUGCAUUAUUCUUUUUAAUUUCUCUCAUUGGUUAAGUGUAGAUGGUUUGCUGCUGUUCUCAUAUGACACAGUAACAAGAGCUUGAACACUCAGAUGAUCUGACAUUCAGUUUUUAUUAAUUAGACCUCUUUGACUACAGUUUCUGAAUAGUUUGCCCCACACAAAUCUGUCUGUCUCUCUCUCUGCAGUGGUCAGAUCACAGGCAUUGCUCUCGGUGUCCCUGCCUGUUCAAUUUUCUGCCUGGUGUUAUUUUUCCUGGGCCUGCUCUAUCACCGAGGUCUGGCAAUCCGCCGCAAGAGAGCCAUGAGGAGGUACCUGGAGAGUGGAGAGGUGAGACCACCCUUCUUCAUGAGCUGCCAGAAGCUGCUUUUACUUCGAUUACUUCUCACAAUUGUUUUUAAGAGAAGAAAUAAAUCACGUGUGAAUGUUUCUUGUUUCUUGGCAGAGCUUUGAGCCACUGGGUCCUGGAGAGAAGGGAACAAAGGUUCAUGCCCGCAUCCUGAGGCCUUCAGAGCUGAAAAAAAUCAAAGCUCUUGGCUCAGGAGUUUUUGGCACAGUGAACAAGGUAUUUAUCAACCACAGUUUGUUUUGUUUUGUCUGCUGUACUUAUCUGUUCUUUAGAGUCAUGCAGAAGUAUGCCUACAAGUAAUUAUUUCACUGCUGCAAAUGUAAAUGUGUCAAAGGGUUUUUGGACUCCAGAGGGGGAGACAGUGAAGAUCCCUGUGGCCAUAAAGACCAUCCAGGACAGCUCAGGCCGACAGACCUUCACUGAGAUCACAGAUGUGAGAAUAAGAGUUUCUUUUCUACUGAAAGUCGCCACAACAUUAUAAAAAUACAAUUUUAUUUGUAGCCCAGAGAAAAAAUAAAUUGUCUAAAAAGUAUUAAGUGUUUGACAGCUAGCUUUUUGUGUAGCAUAUGCUAUCCAUGGGCAGCUUGGACCACCCCUACAUUGUGAGGCUACUAGGAAUCUGUCCAGGCCCCUCUCUGCAGUUGGUGACCCAGCUUAGCUCACAUGGCUCUUUACUGGAGCAUAUCAGGCAACACAAGACCAGUCUGGACCCCCAGCGCCUCCUGAACUGGUGUGUGCAGAUUGCAAAAGUGAGUCUGUGUGAGUUUUUAUGCUUCCAAAUGUUACGAAUAAGCUAUUGGAGCACAAACUCAGCAAUAAUACUGAUCUUUUUCCCAGGGUAUGUACUACCUGGAGGAGCACUGCAUGGUGCACAGAAACCUGGCUGCUCGCAACAUCCUGCUGAAGAAUGACUAUCAGGUCCAAAUCUCUGAUUAUGGAGUGGCAGACCUCCUGUAUCCUGAUGACAAGAAAUAUGUCUACACUGACACUAAGGUUGUCCUGAUUUAUCCAGUUCAGUAAAGUCACAUUUAAGAGGUUUUUCCAGAAACUCAGUAAGUUUGUACAACUUGUCUGUAACCUGUCUCCUAACACAGACUCCCAUAAAAUGGAUGGCCCUUGAAAGCAUCUUGUUUAGGAGAUACACUCAUCAGAGUGAUGUUUGGAGUUAUGGUGAGAGGCUGUGUGCCAGCGACUACAUUUCCUGCUUAAAGCUGCUGUCUGUGAACGUUGGCAGAGAGGUGUUAAAAACAUGGUGAAUCUCUUUCCUGACAGGAGUAACAGUGUGGGAAAUGAUGUCAUUCGGGGCGGAGCCGUAUGCAUCCGUGCAGCCGCAGGAAGUGCCAAGUCUGCUGGAGAAGGGCGAACGACUGUCACAGCCUCACAUCUGCACUAUAGAUGUCUACAUGGUCAUGGUUAAAUGUAAGUGUGACAAAAAGCUUUUACCAGACUGUUCAAAAAGGUCAGGGUCAGGACAGGCUCCUUGACAAAUAAGGUAAAAGAUAUUGAGCUCCCCUUUUGUUAUAAACUACCAACCGCCAUGUUUACAAAAGAAGCACAAUUCCUUUACUGUCACCAAAAUAGUUGAUGCCUUGGGAAUACAUAUUAAAUUUAACUAUUGUGCUUAUUCUGGCAAAUUUACAUUAAUGCACACUGCUAAAACACUGAUUAAUAUAAAAAUCAGUAUACCUAUAUACCUAAAAGUACUUUUCUUUAUUUCAUUUGAUUCAUCUAUAUGGGUUUAUUACAUGGCAGUCAUCUGAUCUAAGUGGAUAUUUAUUUUCAGCAAGGUGCAGGAAUUAUAAAUUCGCUUCAUCUUGCUCCUUUCCAGUCAUUGUAUUGGAAACAAAAAAAAAGGAUAAAAUGAAAAUAAAAUAAAAAAAAUCAUCAAAUAAACUUAAAAACUUAAAAAAGGUAUCAUUAUUUUAAUACUGAAAUGUGUCCAAAUACUUAUUUCAAUGCAGUGUUUAGUUUGUAGUUAUUUGAUACCAAAAAUGAAGUAAAUCACCACCUUUGCUCUGUUGCCAAAUGUGCCUCCUGAGUCAUUGUGUGCACAGUAGAGAUUUUGACAAACACUUUCUAUGAGUGUAAAUAUCUGCUUUAAACAUUAAACUGGAGGGUAUAGCUGCUGUCCUGCAAACUGUGCCCACCUAAAGGGUUGUUCCUGUUUUGACAGUAAGUUUAAUGUGUGGUUUGGUCCGCAGAAGGAGCUAAGAUGUCAGCACCUCUGUGGUAAUUUAGCAUUGCUUUUGCACAGUGGGAGGCUGCACAUGCUGUCAGUCUUUCUAUACAGUAGGAGGUGUUCACACACACAUACACACACAGACUUGAUCUAAAUUGUUGAACUUCCUCUCUCCAGGCUGGAUGAUUGAUGAAAAUAUAAGACCCACAUUCAAGGAGUUGGCAAGUGAUUUUACUCGCAUGGCAAGAGACCCGCCUAGAUAUUUAGUCAUCAAGGUACUGCUUCGAUUGUCAUUUAAUGCGCUAUAAAAUCUAUUGGCUGCUUACUCAAACCCCCUCUUUUUGUGUUAUUUGUUAGUCUGAAGGGGCAGAAGUUGCCUCAGGAGAGAUCCAUCGAAGAGAAUCAGAGCGAGGGCUUCUGGAGGCAGCUUUUGAGGACCAGGACGUGGAGGGGCUGGAGGACGGUUUCGAAACUCCUCCUCUGCAACACUCUCCGUCUUGGAGUCUGUCACGCUCACGGAUUAAUUCUUGCAGGGUAAAGAGAAUCACCUUAGACUUAUUUGAUACAGUUUGUGAACAUUUGGAGCAGAUCAGAAAAUACUGACUGACACUGUUUCCUCCUUGAUUUAUAGAGUGGCACCUCUCAAGCUGGACCAAUAGGAUACCUGCCAAUGACCCCCAGCCCUGUGGACAGCAUCCGCCAGGUGAUACAGACUCACACUCACACAAAUGUUUGAAGAGUGAUUUAUAGCCUACAGUACUGUGACAAUAACCAUGAAAAAGAGAGUUUACUGCCCAUUACUGCCAGCAGGUCAUUUCCUCGGGAAAUAAAACACAUAAAAUCUCAUCAUUCUGGUCUCGUGUGCCCCAUUUAUAAAUAACAGGAUUCACUUGUAUGAACUGACGCAUCAUUUCAAGUCUUUGCCUUUCUGUCUUAGCUGUGGCUUCAAAGGUCUCGACUGAGCUCAGUGCGGACUUUACCUGAGAGGUCAGAGGUCAGAGGAAGCAGCAGGGACCCAGAGCUGCGUGAGGAAGGCCUACGGAGUGGAGGGAGUCUUCACAGAGCCAGGUUUGGCUCAGAGAGGGGAAAUCCUCGAGUGUCCAUCAGCAGACACAGGAAACUUUCCACUGCAUCAAGUCCAUGCUCGUAUAAGGUGUGGAUGGCAGAGGAAGAGAAGGAGGUGGAUCACUUUGGCUAUGUCCUGGCUGGGUCACCUGUUACUCCAGAGAGGGGUGAGUUAUUACAACCAAGACAAGAGCAUGAGACAAAUCAUGAUUUAUCUUAACAAUUUUUGUAACAUUUUGCUUAUCAAGUGUUAAUUAUCUUGAAUACUUGCUUAUCAGAUCUUCUUCUCCUCACUUUCUUUCUUACAUAUUCACAUUCCUAGUUUGCAGAUCAUCUAAGACUGGGCGAAGAAACCCAAAACUCAAGAGUAAUCUGUCUCUUGUGGUGAUAAAUCCCACCCAAGAGUAUGAAAUCAUGUGCAAUAAGUCCUGCCCAAAUAACAGUGUCGUUAUACAACCCAACGGCCCUGAUCGUUCUGUGGCAACUAGUCCCAAAAUUUCACCUUUCCCCUCUCCAACUAUCGUUGAUCCAUUGCCUCCUGAGGACACAAACCAUGUGGAAACUCUGGCUUUGGCCUCACCUUUGAUGAAUAAACAAGAAGAGGAGGGUUGUGAGGGAAGUGUCGCAGAUCAAAGAGACUCCACUGAGAAAAAUCCGCUCACUGAAGGCUCUGAAUGUGGGAUCAGAGCUGUGGGUGACCUAGGGGAAGCCCAAGGGAAAGGCAGGUAUGAAUACAUGGAUAUCAGGCAAUGUGACUCUACUGAGGGAGAAGAGCAGGCAUGGGAGAAAAGUGGGAGUCAAGUAUCCGAAGCAGGGAUGGAGGAAGUGGACCCAAUCAUGGAGGUGUUGAAAAAAGAGCAUGAAGAGGAAGAGGGGAGGUACCACAACACAAAUAAACAACCUCUUCAAGGGAAUCUGAGCAGCACGGUCAUGCCCAGGCCAGAUGUGCUCACAGCUGGGGGAGAAGAGGUGGAGGACUAUGAGGAGAUGACCAGACUUGGAGUGGUGCCCGGUGGGUGGGAGCAAGCAGACUACCAGAACCUCCCAGUGAAGGGAAGGACAGUUACUGAGGAGACCGGCAGCGGCAGGUGUGCAGGGAUUGGAGGAUACAUCAAGGUGUGUGCUGGCAUGGGGGAACCUGGCAGCAACACAUCUUUUGACAACCCAGACUACUGGCACAGCAGACUGUUCAUCAAGCCAGAUGCUGUACGCACCUAAUAAUGUGGCCAGGGACUUUGACUGUUACCUAUGUUUCUCUCAAUAUUAUGGUAAUUCUGUAAUGAUUUUCAGCUUCUUUCAAUUCCAGCAUCCAAUAAACUUUUAAAAUAAAGUUAUUUAAGAAACACUCCUCCCCCCCUACCCAGGAAAGUCACUGUACAGUUUGUGCAGAAAUACAUACUCCAGAAUACGGUAUGGAACAAAUAAAUUGAACUAAAUACUGUUGCAGGCGAGACAGUUGUUUGGCUGUGAAAUUGGUAAGUAGUUCCUGCAGUACAAAAAGGGAUAAAGAUACUAUGCAACUAUUAUUGUGGCAAUAUUGUAAUGAAUAGGCUUUAGUCGUCUUGUGUGUUUUGUGGUAGUGAAUUAGGAUGACCAUGUACCAUUUUUGUAUACCUGUCAUACCGUCAAGUAUUAUACAAAAGAAUAAAAUUAUUUUGCAAAUAC